UGUGUGUGUGUGUGUGUGUGUGUGUUUUAGGCGUGACUCCAAAGUCUUUCGGACACACUGGCAGCCUGAGGGUGACUCAGCGCUGGUACAGUCUGUCCUAUCUUAUCUACCUCCCCUUGCAUCUGGUCCAUCCUAGCAGAGCAUGCAGGCCGGCCUGUCCACCAGCUCUCUAUGCUGACACAGACCUGCUGUGAUGGUUGAAAGGAGGCCACCUGCUGUUCUAGUCACGGAGGACCAAUGGUGGUGUCAUCCAGGGUCAUCAUCACCAUCAUCAUCAUCAUGAGUGGCCACUAUAUCCCAAGUGUGUCCUCCAGUGCCCUCACUGCCUCCUGUGUCUGCUGACCCAAGGAUAAGCUCAUUGGACUACAAUGGCUACACUAGAGACAGACGGACUGAAAAACCGAACCAGGAAAGCCCUGGGCUUACGAAAGAAAGACAAGGAUACAGAAACAACGAGUUCACCUGACAAAGAAGGAACUGGAAGUGGUGGAAAGAAAGGAAGUAAAAAGGCCAAUGGAGCACCCAAUGGUUUCUACGGGGAGAUUGACUGGGACAGAUAUGCCUCUCCUGACGUGGAUGAGGAGGGUUUCAGCCUCCGGCCCGGUGACGAGGGCGAUGCGGCUUCCAGAGGAAAGCACUUUUUCUCCUCCAGUGAUUCAGAGGAUGAUGAAGAGACCAAGAAAAAGUUCAAAAUCAAGAUCAAGCCGCUGGUGGCGGACAGCGGCAAAUGUGUCCCUCCAUCUAUGGACGAGCUAAAAGCCUCAGUGGGAGGCCUGGCACUAUCUCCGUCUCUGAAGAGAAGUCCGAGACGCAGCCCGGGACAGAUGAAAAGGAACUUGUCCUAUGAGGAGAUCGCUCGACCCAGACGCUCCACUCCUACACCAAGUCCUGCCCCUGAGACGCCAAGUGACAGGCUACCACAGAGCAUUCCUACCUUCUUCGGGCUGCCUUCUGAGACCAAAUAUGCCAGAUAUGAUGUGGUCCCUACUGAUGUGUGGGGAGAAUCUAGACCAACGUCUGAAUCACCUUUGAGUAGAAGUUUCCCAACAGGAGCUCCUCCUCCGCUUCCUCCAAAAAACAUUCCAUCGAGAAGUCAUCAUGGCUACGCUUCGGAGUCCACUGCUGAUCUACCCAAUGGAAGGGCAGGUCGCAGUUCUGCCCCCAUCUACCUGAACGUCCUGUCCCCCGCCUCCUACCGAGGCUCCCCGGCCCCUGACCUGGAUGAUGUGUUUGGCCCCAUGGACAGCCCCCACGCCAUUGAGGAUGGAGUGUCUUCCAGAUGGGUUACUUUCACAAAUGACAGACCUCCACCGCCCGAUGAACCUGCCCCGCCACCGCCACCGGACUCUCCUGCUCCAGACACACCUUCAUCCACGCCCUCCACCCCUUGCCUCUCACCCGGUCCGCCGCCAAACGAGCCCCCGCCUUCACCUCCACCGUUUUCUCCCGGGUCUCCUCCUCCUUUCACUCCACCAGACUCGCCCCCUUCCAUCCUGCUCGGACCUCCACCUCCGGAUGAACCAGCCCCUCCCCUGCCCCCUGACUUCUCUCCCUGUGUUUCGCCUCCACUCUGCCUUGACGAGGAGGCAAUUGAUGAGGAGGUGCUGCAGUUUGCAGAGUACGCUUCGUCCCCUGCCCCUAUCAGCCCUGUACCCCCUCUACCAGCAGAGCGGAGGUCCCCUCGAACAGGAGUCAUUUCUCCCCUGGUCCUGGGUGGUACGGGGGGAAAGAGGACUCCAGAGGGUGCGUACCUGAGAGAUGAUAUCCCAGACUUCGUGGGCUCGCCCAGAGAGCUGACACCGAGCUUUAGGGGCACACCACCUCCUCUUCCUCCAACCACCUACAGGUCUAUUAUGUCUUCCCCAGGGCCAUAUUCAGGCAGCAGCCCCUCGUCUCCAGCUCGUCCUGCCACGCCACAGUCUCGAGGCAGCCCGGUCCCCCCUCCUCCUCCUCCUCGACCGUCCUCGCGACCAAAGCUGCCCCCAGGGAAACCAAUCACAGACCUGACUCGGCCGUUCAGUCCGCCAGUGUCUGGCAGCCCCCCGCCUUUUGCCCCACUGGCCCGGGCAGAGAGCUCUUCCUCCAUCUCCUCCAUUACCUCGCAGAGUGCAGCGUCCACUCCGACCUUAGGGAGGGAUCUCAACUUGUCCAACACAGGUUGCUCCAGAGGACCAAGCCCACUUACCAUGGGACCCCAGGACACUCUGCCAGUGGCAGCUGCCUUCACAGAAACCAUCAAUGCCUAUUUCAAAGGCGCUGACCCCAGCAAAUGUGUUGUGAAGAUCACAGGGGAGAUGGUGCUGUCAUUCCCUGCAGGCAUAACCAGGCAUUUUGCCAGCCACCCAACUCAACCCAUCCUCACCUUUAGCAUCAGCAACUACAACCGACUGGAGCAGGUCCUCCCCAAUCCACAGCUGCUGUGCUGUGAUUCCACAACAGACAGUGUAGACACCAAGGAGUUCUGGGUAAAUAUGCCAAACCUGAUGAGCCAUCUAAGGAAAGUGGCUGAACAGAAGCCUCAGGCGACGUACUACAACGUGGAUAUGAUUAAAUAUCAGGUGUCAGCAGAGGGAAUCCAAUCCACUCCCCUGAACCUGGCAGUGAGUUGGCGAGGUGACGCCAACAACACAGACCUUCGAAUAGACUACAAAUACAACACAGAGGCCAUGGCCGCCCCCAUGCCACUACACAACAUCCACUUCCUGGUCCCUGUGAAUGGAGGCAUGGCCAGAGUCCAGGCCAUGAUCCCACCUGCCACCUGGAAUUCAGAGCAGCAGACGAUACUGUGGAAGAUUUCCAGCCUCUCUCAUAGGUCUGAAAACGGAGGAGUAGGGGCUCUCCUGGGCCGGUUCCAGAUAACAGAAGGUCCCUGUAAACCUUCCCAGCUGGCAGUCCAGUUCACCAGUGAGGGGAGCACCCUGUCAGGGUGUGACAUCCAGCUAGUAGGGACCGGCUACCGGCUAUCGCUGGUCAAGAAGAGAUUUGCUGCAGGGAAAUAUUUGGCGGAUAAUUAGUGGACCUGUUUGUGAACGGAACCAAGAGAAUCAAUGGCUUUUGACUGUGAAGACUACGGAUCCAUCCCAUGUUUAGUGCAUUUGAAACUUGAGAUAUAACAGAAUAAUAUAACAUAACACACACAAACAAACAGAUGAUAUUUGACUUUAUAACAUCAUAUUCAGUAGACUGACUGCUGCUGAGUUUAUGCAAGUAAAUACAAAUCAUUAGUUUUGUGCACUUGGAACACUUAUGGGCUUACAUGGAGUAAAAUAUAGGGAAACCCUGAUUCUUUGUUCUUGUUUCAACAUAAUUGUGGAUUCAUACAGUGAUCCAGCCUUAUUCAUUUCAGUUUCUUUUGUCUAACUGGUUGUCAUUGCAAAUGCACUGUAAAAGAUAAUGUGAAUAGAUUAUAUAAUAUUGAAACAAUCUUAAACAAGGUGGAAAAGAAUGGAAAAUGUAAAAAAAACAAUAUGUAAUAUAGGUUUGCUUUUCAGUUGUAUUCCAAUAAGUUAUAGGUUACAUGGUAAUAUCUGAUUUACACUGCCACCUCAAAUCAGAUUUUUUUUUCAAUCAUGUGCGACUGAUCUUUAUCGUUGUCUAAGCAGAAUUAAUUGUUCUGUGUAGACAGCCUUGGAAAUGGCAGAGCCCAUUCUAUCAGUCUUGUGAUUAAAGGUGAUUGGUCAGUUCACAGUUCAAAAUGACCCGCAGCGCCGGACUAACACUCUGAAUCUGAAGGUGCUUUUAUGUGGGAUUAUAUUUGUGCCUCAAUCCUAAAUGCAUGACAGGACAUUUUGAGCAGAGGAAGGGAUCUUUUGCAAGAACAUGAGAAAUUAUUAUCAAAAAAAAUUUCUUUUGAGCAAACAAAAAUCUACUCGGUGCUCAAUAAAUGUAUGUGCGUGUUUACAAUUUUCUUCAUAAUAUCCUCUAGACCCAGUGUUUGGUUUGUCCGUUCUGGGCUACUGUAGAAACAUGGCAGGCUCGGUGGAAGAGGACCCAUUCC